GGGGCGGCUUGCGCUCUUUCCCGUCCGGAUUCUGGAUUCCUUGCGAGGGUCAUGCUCCUUGAGCUGAGCGGCGCUGGGAUUCUGGGAUUUGGCCGGACGCCGACCGCACCCCGCCGCACCGAUGUGGGGCCCUUUUCCGGACGCUGGGAAUGUCCGGCCGGGAGCCACACCGAACCAGCUGGAUGCUCCGCGGCCCCUCAACUGGACCAUCCGGAAACUGUGCCAUGCCGCCUUCCUGCCUUCCGUCCGGCUGCUGAAGGCGCAGAAAUCGUGGAUCGAGAGGGCUUUCAGCAAGAGAGAAUGCGUGCAUAUCAUCGUCAGCACCAAAGACCCCCAUAGGUGCUGUUGUGGGCGUCUCAUUGGCCAGCAUGUGGGCCUGCCCCCCAGCAUCUCGUCCAAUCAGAACGACAAGUCGGAGCGCUUGUCGAAGAACGACAGCUUGUCAGAGAAAUGGUCCAUCAGCAAGCACACGCAGCUGAGUCCCACCGAUGCCUUCGGGACCAUCGAGUUCCAGGGAGGGGGGCAUUCCAACAAAGCGAUGUACGUGAGGGUGUCCUACGACACAAAGCCGGACCUGCUGCUGCACCUGAUGACUAAAGAGUGGCAGCUGGAGCUCCCCAAGCUGCUCAUCUCUGUACACGGGGGUCUCCAGAACUUCGAGCUGCAGCCCAAACUGAAGCAGGUGUUCGGCAAGGGCCUCAUCAAGGCCGCCAUGACUACCGGUGCCUGGAUCUUCACCGGGGGCGUCAAUACAGGGGUCAUCAGGCAUGUGGGCGACGCUCUGAAAGACCACGCCUCCAAAUCCAGGGGCAAAAUCUGCACCAUUGGCAUCGCCCCCUGGGGUAUAGUAGAGAACCAGGAGGACCUCGUGGGCAAAGAUGUGGUCCGGCCUUACCAGACCAUGUCCAACCCAAUGAGUAAAUUGACCGUUUUGAACAGCCUGCACUCCCACUUCAUCCUGGCAGACAACGGCACCACGGGCAAGUACGGCGCUGAGGUCAAGCUUCGCCGGCAGCUGGAGAAACACAUCUCCCUGCAGAAGAUCAACACACGAAUCGGCCAGGGAGUCCCUGUGGUGGCUCUGAUUGUGGAGGGUGGCCCUAACGUGAUCUCCAUCGUGCUGGAGUACCUGAGGGACACACCCCCUGUGCCUGUAGUGGUAUGUGAUGGCAGUGGACGAGCCUCGGACAUCCUGGCAUUCGGCCACAAGUACUCAGAGGAGGGAGGCCUCAUUAAUGAGUCUUUGCGGGACCAGCUGUUGGUCACCAUCCAGAAGACGUUUACGUACAGCCGUACUCAGGCCCAGCACCUCUUCAUCAUCCUCAUGGAGUGCAUGAAGAAGAAGGAGCUGAUCACGGUGUUCCGAAUGGGUUCAGAGGGACACCAGGACAUUGACCUGGCUAUCUUGACAGCUUUACUGAAAGGUGCCAAUGCUUCAGCCCCUGACCAGCUGAGCCUGGCUCUGGCCUGGAAUCGCGUGGAUAUCGCCCGCAGCCAAAUCUUCAUCUAUGGACAGCAGUGGCCUGUGGGCUCUCUGGAGCAGGCCAUGCUGGAUGCGCUGGUGCUGGACCGUGUGGACUUUGUGAAGCUGCUUAUUGAGAACGGCGUGAGCAUGCACCGAUUCCUCACACUUUCCAGGCUGGAGGAACUCUACAAUACGAGGCACGGACCAUCCAACACCCUGUAUCACCUCGUCAGAGAUGUGAAAAAGGGUAACCUGCCACCCGACUAUCGCAUCAGCCUGAUUGACAUUGGGUUGGUGAUUGAGUAUCUGAUGGGCGGGGCCUAUCGCUGCAACUAUACAAGGAAGAGGUUUCGAACCCUCUACCACAAUCUGUUCGGCCCUAAAAGGCCAAAGGCCCUGAAGCUGCUUGGAAUGGAGGACGACAUGCCAAUCCGAAGAGGGCGCCAGAAGACCACACGGAAGCGAGAGGAGGAGGUGGACAUUGACUUGGACGACCCAGAGAUCAACCACUUCCCUUUCCCCUUCCAUGAACUGAUGGUGUGGGCAGUGCUGAUGAAGAGGCAGAAGAUGGCGCUCUUCUUCUGGCAGCACGGCGAAGAGGCCAUGGCCAAGGCCCUGGUGGCGUGUAAGCUCUGCAAGGCCAUGGCGCAUGAGGCAUCAGAGAAUGACAUGGUGGACGACAUCUCGCAGGAACUCAAUCACAAUUCCAGGGAGUUUGGGCAGCUGGCGGUGGAGCUGCUGGAUCAGUCGUACAAGCAGGAUGAGCAGAUGGCCAUGAAGCUGCUCACCUACGAGCUGAAGAACUGGAGCAACGCCACCUGCCUGCAGCUGGCUGUAGCCGCCAAGCACCGCGACUUCAUCGCCCACACGUGCAGCCAGAUGCUGCUUACUGACAUGUGGAUGGGGCGGCUGCGCAUGCGCAAGAACUCCGGCCUCAAGGUGAUUCUGGGCCUGCUGCUGCCUCCCUCCAUCCUGAGCCUGGAGUUCAAGAACAAGGACGAGAUGUCGUACAUGCCUCAGGAGCAGGAGGCCUACCUGCAGGAGAAGGAUUCGGACGAGGCCGACAAGCCGGCCAAGGACAAAGAGGAGGAGGACAUGGAGUUCACCGUAAGAGCAUACUGUGAGGCGCAGUACAACUCCGUGGCCAUGCUGGGGAACGUGAGCUCAGAAGCAUCUUGUAAGAAGGAAGUGCAGGAGGUUCAGCACCGGCAUCGCCUGAUUCCGGUGGGCCGUAAAAUCUAUGAGUUUUACAACGCUCCCAUCGUCAAGUUCUGGUUCCACACGAUGGCCUACGUGGGCUACCUGAUGCUGUUUAACUACAUUGUGCUGGUGAAGAUGGACCUGUGGCCUUCUCCUCAGGAGUGGAUCGUAAUCGCUUACAUUUUCACCAAUGGUAUAGAGAAGAUGAGGGAGAUCCUGAUGUCCGAGCCGGGGAAGCUGCUGCAGAAAGUGAAGGUGUGGCUGCAGGAAUACUGGAACAUCACUGACCUCAUGGCCAUCCUCAUCUUCUCCAUCGGCAUGGUGCUCCGCCUCCAGGACCCGCCACUCAUGAGCUACGGGCGGGUCAUCUACUGCGUCAACAUCAUCUACUGGUACAUCCGCCUGCUCGACAUCUUCGGAGUGAAUAAAUACCUGGGCCCCUACGUCAUGAUGAUUGGCAAGAUGAUGAUUGACAUGAUGUACUUUGUGAUCAUCAUGUUGGUGGUGCUCAUGAGUUUUGGGGUGGCACGUCAGGCCAUCCUGAACCCUAACGAGGACCCCUCCUGGAUGUUGGCACGCAACAUCUUCUUCAUGCCCUAUUGGAUGAUCUAUGGCGAAGUCUUUGCUGACCAGAUUGACCAUGUGAAUAGUAGGAAGCUACAGAACAGGCCGAAUGAAAAACUCUGGCUGGUCGAAAAUUACAUUCGAGCUCAAGGAACUGGGCGUAACAGUGCACCAUGUGGACAGAACAUCACUACGGAAGAUGGCACCAUUGUGCCACUACCCCCAUGCAAGACUGGCGCAUGGAUCGUCCCUGCCAUCAUGGCCUGCUACCUGCUCGUGGCUAACAUCCUUCUGGUCAAUCUGCUCAUCGCUGUCUUCAACAACACAUUCUUCGAAGUGAAGUCCAUCUCUAACCAGGUGUGGAAAUUUCAGCGGUACCAGCUGAUCAUGACCUUCCACGAGCGCCCCGUUCUUCCUCCUCCCCUCAUCAUCUUCAGUCACAUGACCAUGGUUCUGAAGCACCUGUGCUGUCGCUGGAGGAAGCACGAUGAUGAUGAACGAGACUUUGGAUUAAAGCUCUUCAUCACAGAAGACGAGCUGAAAAAAGUCCAUGACUUUGAAGAGCAGUGUAUCGAAGAGUAUUUCCGAGAGAAAGACGACCGCUUUAACUCCUCCAACGAUGAGAGGAUCCGAGUGACGUCUGAAAGGGUGGAAAACAUGGCCAUGCGUCUGGAGGAAGUGAACGAGCGGGAGCACUUCAUGAAGGCCUCCCUGCAGACCGUGGACAUCCGGCUGGCCCAGAUGGAGGAACUGAUUGGCCGCAUGGCCGUGGCACUGGAGAGGGUGACAGGUGUGGACAGGGGCGAGGUGAACAAGGUUCGCUCCAGGACAUCGUCGGACUGCACUGACACCAACUACAUCCUCCGGCAGAGCAGCUUCAACAGCCAAGAGGGGAAUGCCUACCGGCUGCAGGAGUCUCUGGAGCAGGGUGGGGAGGAGUCUAUUUCACCAACCUCACCCACUGCACUGGCUCCGAGAGCGAGGAGCCACUCCUUCUAUGUGGGCCAUUCAUUCAGGGACAGGUGCGGGCCAGACCGCGCAGAGGGCUUCUUCAAGGAACGCUCUUUGAGCCUACACCGGGCUAAUAGCUCACAGUCUGUAGCAUCAGGAGCUGCCCCCAAAGAGUGCAAGCCUGCUCCUCUGAACACUCUGUCAGUGCAACAGCAGCAUCGGCCUUCAUCCUGUAUAGAUAUAUAUGUGUCUGCGUCGGAGGAGGCCCAGCCCACAGAGAGCUUCCUGGAGCCGAUCCGGACAGUUCCACCACUCGCACGAGAAUCCUCACUCCAUUCUGAGAUCAUGGAGGUAGUGAUGUCCGGGGGGCGGGACUACAGCGGGAGGGCGGGGGCAAGCGAAAGACAGUCCGAUGGCACAGUUUUAUUUGAGGACAGUGCCGCCGCUGACCUGUCGCUGUGCUCCGCCCACCUGCUGCCAGACACCCUUCCCCCCUGGGACAUUGACCCAUCCCCUCCACCCUCGGCGGGCAUCCUGGAACGUUCCAAGAGCAGCCGUUUCCUGUCUGCGGCAGGGCCCCUGUUCCUAGAUGAGCCUCCACUCGUGAAGUCCCACAGCCUGAUGUUCACACCACGCACCUACUAUGGAGGCAUUGGGGUGCAGGUAAAGGCAGCUGAGUACACCAGCAUCACGGACUGCAUUGACACCCGCUGCGUUUCCACACCAUACCCAGCACCAGAGCGAUCCGACUCACCUGGGGGCUCUUUCACUUUUGAAAAGCCCCAGGAUCUGGGCACUUCCCAUCCAGAGCGGGAUGCCGAGCUGAGCCACGCAGAGUCUGACCCCGAGGAGCCUGCUGAGGGCCCAGCCGACACCAGCAAACCUUGUCCCAGUGCAGGGGGAGGGAGCAGUGUGGGGGUAGAUUUGGGCCUGGGCUUAGCCCUUGGUCCCUUUUGCUCUCCAAUCUCCAGACUGGAGCGAGCCAAUAGCUGCUCCUCUUCUGAGGACUCCCAUUCGAACGUCUACGCCCGGAAGAGCUUCUCCAUCAGCGAGCGCAUGGACAAGGGCCGAGGGGCUGCCAGGAACCCCUUCCAGAGGAGCAAGUCUGGGGCCAGGCCCGAGGCCAAGACGGACACGCUGUCCUUGAGGAAGAUGGCCAAGCCGUCGGCCUUCCAGAGUUUUGAUGGCAGGCACAACUACACGUGAUGAUGGCGGAGGUCAAGGGAAAGGCGCAAUUGACAUCGUAGAUCUACAGUAGUACGCGUAGGAUGGAAAAAGAGGCUCUUUCUUGUUUGAUGUCCAAGGGCCCAUCCAUCAAGCAGUUAGCAUUGUUUGGGUGAAUUAUGUGCUCUACAUUGUAAUGGUCAUGGUUAGCAAAUUAGCACACUAUGACACCGUAGUACAAAUCUGGAUUUCCUUCAAUUAGACCAAUUGCCAUUUGGAUAAAACUAGUUCCCAGCUCCUUUGAACUGGUAAUGUCUAAUGUUCCUUCUUUCUGUGGAUUCAGGUUGAAAUAGCAUAGGAACAUAGGUAUUCACAACGACACAUGUUGAGCGGACUUGCAAUGCAUUGUCUGUAGAAAAAGAGGG